AUGGAAGAAAAUGCUCGCCGAGACCCAGAGCGCCCAGAGAACUCCAGCGAGGAGUCCAACCGGGCCAUCCUGCCUCUGCUUCAGCCCAACGGGAACCAGCUGUCCCACCGGAUCACCAACUUUUACAUAGAUAACAUUUUAAGACCAGAUUUCGGUCGAAAGAAGAAGGAUGGCAUUUUGCUGCGGGAUGCGGACACCCUGGGAGUGCUCAGCCGCAGAGAUGUGCUACUGGCAGGGAAGAGGAUUUCAAAAAUGAGUGAAGGAGGAGCGGGAGAAGAAGAUGGGGUGUCCGACGACACUGAGGUAUCCGAUGACCAGCAUCCCGACACCGAGGCAGGCAGAGAUGAGCUAAUGUCCGAGGAUGUGGCCGCGAAGGGGGGCCGGGGGGGCAGCGGGGACCGGUGCCUCAGCUCCCAGGCCAGCGCGGCCCCCGCGGCCAAGUCGAUGCUGUGGCCCGCGUGGGUUUAUUGCACCCGCUACUCUGACCGGCCCUCAUCAGGGCCCAGAUCCCGUAAACCAAAGAAGGCCCCGACUCCCAGUAAGGAGGACAAGCGGCCCCGAACGGCCUUCACCGCGGAGCAGCUUCACCGGUUAAAGACGGAGUUCCAGAACAACCGGUACCUGACCGAACAGCGGAGGCAGACUCUGGCCCGGGACCUUGGUCUCAACGAGUCUCAGAUCAAAAUCUGGUUUCAGAACAAACGAGCCAAAAUCAAGAAGGCCUCCGGCAAUAAGAAUUCUCUGGCACUCCAUCUGAUGGCGCAGGGACUGUACAACCACACCACAGCCAAGGACGCCAAGUCGGACAGUGACUAG